CCCCCCCCCCGCGCCCAUGACGAUGCUGCUGGACGGAGGGCCGCAGUUCCCGGCGCUGGGGGUGGGCGGCUUCGCGGCCCCCCGCCACCACGAGAUGCCGGGUCGCGACGGCGGCGGCGGCGGCGGCGGCGGCGGCGGCGGGGGCGUGGGGCUGGGCCCCUUCGGGGACUCCUCGCACGCCGCCGCCUUCAAGCUGAACGCGGCCCCCCACGACCUCGCCGCCGGGCAGAGCUCGGCGUUCACGCCGCAGGCGCCGGGCUACGCCAGCGCCCUGGGCCACCACCACCACCACCACCAUCACCACCAUCACCACGCCGGCCAGGUGCCCUCCUACGGCGGGGCCGCCGCUUUCAACUCCACCCGCGACUUUCUCUUCCGCAACCGCGGCUCCGGCAUCGCGGACGCCGGCUCCGGCACGGCGCAACACGGGCUUUUCGGCGGCUCCCCCGGCGGCUUGCACGGCCCCGGCGGCAUCCCCGACCCCCCGGGCUACCUGCUCUUCCCGGGGCUCCACGAGCAGAGCCCGAGCCACACGUCCCCCACCGGGCAUGUGGACAACGGGCAGAUGCACCUGGGGCUCCGCGGGGAUCUCUUCGGGCGACCGGAUCCCUACCGAGCCGUCUCCAGCCCCCGCACGGACCCUUACGCCGGCGCCCAGUUCCACAACUACAACCCCAUGAACAUGAAUAUGGGCAUGAACGUGGCGGCCCACCACCACCACCAUCACCACCACGGCCCCGGGGCUUUCUUUCGGUACAUGCGCCAGCCCAUCAAGCAAGAAUUGUCCUGCAAGUGGCUCGACGAGAGCCAGCUCAGCCGGCCCAAGAAGAGCUGCGACAGGACUUUCAGCACCAUGCACGAACUGGUGACCCAUGUCACCAUGGAGCACGUCGGGGGGCCGGAGCAGAACAACCACAUCUGCUACUGGGACGAGUGUCCGCGGGAAGGCAAAUCCUUCAAGGCGAAAUACAAACUGGUGAACCACAUUCGGGUGCACACGGGGGAGAAGCCCUUCCCCUGCCCCUUCCCCGGCUGCGGCAAGAUCUUUGCCCGCUCCGAAAACCUCAAGAUUCACAAGCGGACCCACACAGGUGAGAAGCCCUUCAAGUGCGAGUUUGAGGGCUGCGACAGGCGCUUCGCCAACAGCAGCGACAGGAAGAAACACAUGCACGUCCACACCUCGGACAAGCCCUACAUCUGCAAGGUGUGCGACAAAUCCUACACCCACCCCAGCUCACUUAGGAAACACAUGAAGGUGCAUGAAUCCCAGGGGUCGGACUCUUCCCCUGCAGCCAGUUCGGGGUACGAGUCCUCCACCCCCCCUGCGGUGGGUUCCGCCGGCAGUAAGGACUCCACUAAAACACCGCCGGCCGCCCUUCAGAGUAACCCCGGCCACAACCCUGGACUGCCCCCCAAUUUUAAUGAGUGGUAUGUGUGAAGGCAGCUGCUGCCCGGCCAGAGACUGGACCAAAUGCGUUGGGAACAAGGAAAAAAAAAAAAAAAAAUUGAAAAAAAAAAUGGACAAACCAAGCCAACUGCAGCUCGCUCCCAGGGAAAGGGAGUUUCCACACCGACGACCGCAUAGGGCUACACCUAGUUAACUGCCAGGAUCUGGGGGGGGGUGUCUUUUAUUAUUAUAUUAUAAUUAUUACUAUUUUUUGCAAGCCCAGACGCUGGACUAGCCAUGUCCUUUUCUCAGGAUUGGAUCUCUUUUUUUUUUUCUUUUUUUGUUGUUGCUGUUGUUGUUGUCAUUUUUUGCAGUCGUUUCUUUGAUAUUUUUUAUUUUCCUCCCUGCCCCAGUCCCUCUUCCUCCGAUUCCCCACUUUUUUUCCUUUUUAAUUUGUUUUGUUUUUCCUUCUUUCGGUGGGAUGUUGACAUGAGGAUGAAAAUUCUCCUUCGCCUUAGUGGUGAUUGUUUAAACUUACAGUCUUAAACCGUGCCAAAGUCCUGUUAUGUCUUGAACUUUCUAGCUCUUCUGCUGCUUCUUUCUCUGCUGUCCUCCUCUUUCUCCUUCUCUCUCUCCAAGUAUUACACUUGUGAAUGUAUUCUCGUAUGAUGGGGUCGGUCAGUAUUUUUCAGGAUGAGGAUGUGGUGUUUAUGCUACCCAGAUUGUGACGUUUAGUAUAACAGUUGCCUUUUUGUAAUAACUUUUUUUGUAAAUACAUAUCCAUGAUGCCAUAUUUAUCGUUCGUAAUUUAAUUAUUGAUACAAAGUGCCGGGAACUGAACAAUAUUUAUGGGGAAGAAAAAAAAUUGUUUUCUAACAAAAAAAAAAAAAUACAACCAACAAAAAAAAAAAUUCCAACUCUGUACAGCUUUUGGUUAUAACUGCUUUAGCAUUAAAAGUUUAUUGUUUUGGAAAGAGCCGUUUUUGACCUCCGUGGUGGGCCCGGUUCAGCGCUGCCGCCGGGGCCGGGCUGUUGUUUUCGGGCUGGCGAUGCGGAGUGAAGCUUCCUCCUCCUCCUCUUCCUCGCCGCUGCUUUUUCUCCUGUCCCUUUGUCCCCGCCCUCCGCCGUCCAGCGGCUUCGCUCCCGAGCGACCGGAGCCCCCGGGGGCAGCGGGGCCGCCCCGACGGUGAGUACCGGGGGUGUGUGUGUGUGUGUUUUGGGGGGGCUGGGCAAGCCGUGCAGGACCGGUACCGGGCUGCCUGCCUUGCGGGGCCCUGGGACGACUUUGCGGCACGCCGGACUUUCUCCGUUAUAUUUGUUUCCUUUAUUUCUGACCAGGAUGCAGAAAAGCCUCCCCGUCCUCAGGAGGGAAAAGGGGCCGAGCAGAGCCGUCUCACCCGAGAAACUCCUCCUCGGACACCACCCAGGAGCCCCAAGCAGCCAAGGCGAUGGUGGAAACUGCCCCCCCCCCCCCACCUUUGGCAAACCUCCGUGCCCCCCCCCCGUGACCGGGAGACACCCGUGGCCCCGACGGGACGGCUGCUCCCCCCAAAAGCGCGGCCAGCCCGGGCGUGCGGCUCCACAGCCACAUCCCCCUCGGACCGCAGGGACCUUACCGCGGGCUGACCCCGGUUGUGGGGGGGGGGGGGCUGGGACCCCCGUCACGGGCUCUGCGCCUCUGCUGAGCGGGAGAGACCCCAGACGGGCCCAUCUUGAACUUGACUCGGGGCGCUGCGGGGGGACGGGGCGGCCCCGUCCCCUCCAACCUGCCGCAGGGUCUGCUUGGAGCGAGCAACCCGUGUAAACGUUGCAUGCUUUAAAAAUUAAGCUUAAACAAAUCUAUCCUCUCCUCCCUCUGGAGAAAAAAAAAAAAAAAUGUUAGGGGGCGGUUUAUCGGGCAGAAAAAGGAGAAAGGUGGAUUGAAACCUCUGGGGCUGCACAUCUAAAAAAAAAAAAAAAAAAGUGCCCAAAGACGGGUCCAGGCAGGUUUCCCGCCUGGCCCCUUGAAAUAAUCCCCCUUCGAGGUGCCCCGGCCAGACGUGGAUCUCCGCUUCUUUUAUGCUGUGAAGUCUUUCUCUCGCUGUGCGCAGAGCCGAGCCCCGGGGCUGGAGGCCGAGCGCUGCCGGGCCGGGCCCUUCCCGGGGGGCGAGCGGGGCCACCCCGCAGCGCGGCGGGCGAGGAGGAGCGGAGCCGUCGGGUUUUCCUCGGACACCCACCCGGGUCGUGCCUGCGUGGCUCCGGAUCUCGCCAGGCUUGGAAACGGUGCCGCUUGUGACGCUUCAGUGUUUGCCCCUUGACACAUCACCAAGGCAUCUGAAGAGGCAAGAUCAGCAGAGUAUGUCAGUACAGCCACUCAGAAGGCAUCAGGUUUGAUAUCGUCAGGAACAUCAAAAUGAGCAGCCAGGGGUAAAGACGGAUCUCUUGCAUGACCCCAUGAGCUCAGCCUGCUCCUGCCUCAAGUGCAUCCCAUAGAGGCAGCUUUGGUGGCUGGGCCUGGCUUGAAGAGCUUGAGGGAGGACACUGUUCCUUCUCCGUCACCCCAGAUACUCCUCCUUGCUUCUCUGCGUUGCAGCCUGUUCAGCAGAGACUUGGGCACACCACUCAGAAUCCUUGUGUUUGAGACAGCCGCUUUUGGGAACGACACAAGCAAACUUACUCAUGGAACCCCUUGGAGAGAGCUUGUGGGGACUGCACUGAGCAAAACAAUAACACAAACCUAGCGAGUGCUGCUGAGCGUGAUUCAUAGCCAAUAUUUUCACAACCUGAUUUGUUUUGUAACAGUAUCUAAUUGGUUUUAAACAAAAUGCAAAACUAGGUCAAUUUGCCAUUGGGCCUUGUAAGUCUCUUUAGCUAAAUCUCCAGACUUCAGCUAGAAGUUAAUUUGAGAGAGACUUAGGAAAAAUAUAUAUUAAUAUACCCGCAGUCUCACGUGAGAAACUUGUAGGCAACGAUUUGGGAUUCAGAGCUAUACUCAUAUUCCUAAGACUAAAUUCAAAGCCAUCGUUUAAAAGCAGGCUUCCACACGCGUAUGUCCUGAUCUUUAAUUAGGCAAAACUCCCACUGACAUCAAUAGGAGUUUGACUUGAAUAAGAACUGCAGGAUCAGGUCCAUAAUUUGGUACCUGGGAUUUGAUUAAGCAGCUAAAUUACUAGAACAGUUUCCCCAUGAGUAUAAUUGCCUAAUUAAUUUUUAAAAUAGCUAAGUUCAGCACUGAAUAUGGUGUACCUCUUGCCACAUGAAAUGUAUGCUGUUUAAUCCAAGUUGAUGGAGCUAUUUGCAAGAGCCUGUAGAGUUUAUUUUACAGUUAAGUAGUAGUGUUUAUUUAAAGUUCAAAAAUAGCCACCAUUGUGUUAAAAUAUCAUGUUUCAGAAAAUAUGCUCUUGCAAUAGACUUCACUUGUAGUCUAGUUUGGCUAUUAGCAUUUCAAAUGUAUUUUAAAGAGUAGUGCUCUACUGCGUCCCAAUUCCUGAGUUCUGGCUACUGUGAUUCAUUUUGCAGGUGGGAAAACACUCUGGAGCCUGGGGAAGAACUUAUUCUCCAACAGGAUUUUUAAAUUCA